AUGCCCAAGAUGAUCAGCAAACCGCUGGUACUGACUUAUUUCUACUUGUUCAUCUACAUUCUGCUUUCGUCGGGCGUUAUAUUGUACAACAAGUGGGUACUGUCUCCAAAAUACUUCAAUUUUCCAUUACCCAUAACACUUACGAUGAUUCAUAUGGGAUUUUCUGGACUCGUAGCAUUUUUACUUGUUCGUGUUUUCAAGGUUGUAGCUCCUGUCAAAAUGACAUUUGAAAUAUAUGCAACUUGUGUAAUACCAAUCAGUGCCUUCUUUGCAUCAAGUCUUUGGUAA